AUGCGGUUCUCUACUCUAGCAUUUGUUGCAUUGAUACUGCAACCUGUCCUUUCCAGCAACGUCGAGGAAAGCACUUGUUCUUAUGAUAAUGAAGGUUUAGAGGUGGCCAACGAGGGAGGAUGGGGACUAGUAAAAUGUGAGUACAUCCGUGGCUACCAUUUUCAAUCAUUCAAUGAGAAAGUGUCAACAGCGGCAUUGUUCGGCAAGUCAAUGCAAGCUGCAGAAACAUUACGUGGUCACUUUGAUGGCCUGCUCAGUCAUGAAGGCACCAAUAGUCUCACAGAAAAACUUGACUCUUUGUCUGCUUCAGCACACACACUGUACGAUGGAUUGCACAUUCCAAGUGUGGGAGAGUCCUGGGACAAAAUUGUGGGGCUCGGUUCAAAUAUCCAAGGGAAUGUAGAUGAACUCUUCCAACAUGCCAAGGAACUUUAUCCCUCAAAGAUAUCGGAGCUCAAGAAGUCUGUGAAUAGUAUUGCCAGUACAGCUACAUCACUGCACCAAGUCGUUAAAGGAGCUGCAGAACAACGUGAAAUUCCUUUUGAUUCAGUAUUAGAAGAAUUUCGAAAUACCUUGCAAGUCCUAUUUGAAGAGCUUAAAGAGCAGUUCCCGCCACCCGAGGAGGGUGCCAGCCACGAGAAUUGUACCCUCAUGAUCAACACAGUUCUCGAUCAUGUCGAGGAGACUUUUCUAUGA